AUCCAUUUCACAUUUCCAUGAUUAUGGCCUUCUCCUCUUACAAUUUCAACCCCUUUCUCUCUUUCUCUUUCUCUUCAACUACUACUACUACUACACUUCUUCCUAGACUUUAUUCCAUCAAAUUAAAAUGGAAGAGCCGUACAUCAACCCCAUUCGGGUCGAAAGUAGUCGGGUCAAGUAUUCGUUCGAGCCCGACACAGAGCAUCCCCGUUGAGUCACCUUCACCUAGUGGUGGAAGUAAGACGAUGACAUCUAAUUCUAGUGCACUUACUAUUGUUGAGGUUGAUCUUGGGAAUCGUAGUUACCCUGUUUAUAUUGGGUCUGGCCUUCUUCAUCACCCUCAUUUUCUUCAAAAGCAUUUGGUUGGAAAGAAGGUUCUUGUGGUUACUAACACCACAAUUGCAUCUCUAUAUCUGGACAAAGUAAUUGAUGCAUUAACAAGAGAUAACCCAGAAAUUUCAGUUGAAACUGUCAUCUUGCCUGAUGGGGAGAAGUACAAGAACAUGGAAACCCUAAUGAAAGUCUUCCAACAAGCUAUUGAGUCAAGGCUAGACAGAAGGUCCACUUUUCUUGCCCUUGGAGGUGGUGUGAUAGGUGAUAUGUGUGGAUUUGCAGCAUCUACCUUCAUGCGUGGAGCUAGUUUCAUUCAAGUUCCAACAACUGUUAUGGCCCAAGUGGAUUCUUCGGUGGGAGGAAAGACUGCUAUAAAUCAUCCACUAGGAAAGAAUCUUAUUGGCAGUUUCUACCAACCCCAGUGUACACUAAUAGAUACUGACACGCUGACCACACUCUCUGAUAGAGAAUUGUCAUCUGGGCUUGCUGAGGUUAUAAAAUGUGGGUUAAUCAUGGAUGCAGAUUUCUUUAAGUGGCAAGAGGAGAACAUUAACGCGUUAUUGGCCAAGAAUCCCCAUGCAAUUGCGUAUGCUAUAAAGCGCUCUUGUGAAAUCAAAGCCCAACUGGUGUCCUUGGAUGAGAUGGAAUGUGGAAUCAGAGCCAUAUUGAACUUUGGUCACACGUUUGGGCAUGCAAUAGAAAACGGAGUAGGCUAUGGACAAUGGCUACAUGGAGAAGCAAUUGCAGUUGGAAUGGUCAUGGCAGCAGACUUAUCACUCCGCCUGGGUUGGAUAGAUGAAACACUAGUGAAGCGCAUUCAUACAAUCUUGGAACAUGCUAGGCUUCCAACUUCACCUCCUCAAUGCAUGACUUUCGAAAUGUUCAAGUCCAUUAUGUCGGUUGAUAAAAAGGUAGCUGAUGGUGUACUGCGGCUUGUUCUUCUUAAAGUUUCAGGUUCAUCAUUGUAGGAAUUAACAUAUUUUUGUGCAUUUCCUACUUAUUUGAAUCAAUACAAGAGAUUAUAUACUUUCGAGAGCGCAAACAUUGAGUUGGAAUAAUUUUCAUGCAAAGCGAAUAGUGAAAGAAGUAGAAAACUGAAUGUCGUCCACUCUUUUGAUCAUAAAUCGAGUUAUACAACUCCAAAUGCAGCGAUUCAAAUUGGGUUGGAUUCUACACUUCAAGGUCUUUCCAACGAGUGGUCACUCGCCUAAUUCCGACUUAUAACGAAGGAGAUAUGGUAUUUUUAAGAUACGGGAUCGUGCAGUUCUGGCGACGACAACCCCUGGGCGCGGAUUUUUGCUUUGUUUCCGGUUUUUUUCUUCUACUUUUGGGCAAGACUAUAAAUAUAGCCCUUAGACAUAUUAUUUGGGAUCUUAUUUUUCUAGGACCUUAGUUUAUUGCUUAGUUUUUAUUCUUUCUCUAAACUUUUGUUAAUUACCUUUAUUAUUGCUUUCAAGUUUCAAACUUUAAA